GGAGAGGAGAAGGUGGGGCCGCGGGAGUGACAGCCUCAGACGCGAGCUAAUGCUGCUAGCUGGGCAACUCGGACUGCUCGGCCUCUCUCGAGUGGUUUCUCACCCUGACACUGACAUUUUGGAGGAGGAGGGGGUUUGAAUCGCCAGCGGUGUGCAGCAGCAUCACCAUUCAGCAGGAGAACCACGUUAUUAUUGAUUCCCCCCAAACCUCCCGAGGAGAGCAUCCUCCUUUACCUGCAUGACCAUGGCGGACGACGACGUGUUGUUCGAGGAUGUCUACGAGCUGUGCGAGGUGAUCGGAAAGGGUCCCUUCAGCGUGGUGCGGCGCUGCAUCAACAGGGACACGGGCCAGCAGUUCGCCGUAAAGAUCGUGGACGUGGCCAGCUUCACCUCCAGCCCCGGCCUCAGCACAGAGGAUCUAAAGCGAGAGGCCAGUAUCUGCCACAUGCUCAAACAUCCUCACAUCGUGGAGCUGCUGGAGACCUACAGCUCUGAUGGCAUGCUCUACAUGGUCUUUGAAUAUAUGGAUGGAGCCGACCUGUGCUUUGAAAUUGUUAAGAGAGCUGAUGCCGGGUUUGUGUACAGCGAAGCAGUGGCCAGCCACUACAUGAGGCAGAUUUUGGAGGCGCUUCGAUACUGCCACGACAACAAUGUGAUUCAUCGCGAUGUAAAGCCUCACUGUGUGCUGUUGGCCUCAAAGGAGAACUCCGCUCCAGUCAAGCUGGGAGGGUUUGGAGUGGCGAUACAGCUGGGAGAGUCUGGAUUAGUAGCUGGAGGCCGAGUCGGUACUCCCCACUUCAUGGCCCCGGAGGUGGUGAAGAGGGAGCCGUACGGCAAACCUGUGGACGUGUGGGGAUGUGGGGUCAUCCUCUUCAUCCUCCUGUCUGGCUGCCUUCCUUUCUAUGGCACCAAGGAGCGCUUGUUCGAGGCCAUCAUCAAAGGCAAAUACAAGAUGAACCCUCGCCAGUGGGCUCACAUCUCGGAGAGCGCCAAAGACCUGGUGAGACGCAUGCUGAUGCUGGACCCUGCCGAGAGGAUCACAGUUUACGAGGCCCUCAACCACCCCUGGCUGAAGGAGAGGGACAGGUAUGCCUACAAGAUCCACCUGCCUGAAACGGUGGAGCAGCUGAGGAAGUUCAACUCCAGGAGGAAGCUGAAGGGUGCAGUCCUAGCUGCGGUUUCCAGCCACAAGUUUAAUUCUUUCUAUGGAGACCCCCCAGAGGAACUACAUGACUUCUCAGAUGACCCCACCUCCUCAGGACUGCUAGCUGCUGAAAGGGCAGUGUCGCAGGUUUUGGACAGUCUAGAGGAGAUUCACGCGUUGACGGACUGCAGCGAGAAAGACAUGGACUUCCUGCACAGUGUCUUUGAGGAUCAGCACCUCCACACCCUGCUGGACCUUUAUGACAAAAUCAACACCAGGUCGUCUCCUCAGAUCAGGAACCCUCCGAGUGACGGAGUGCAGAGAGCUAAAGAGGUACUGGAAACCAUCUCCUGCUACACAGACAACAUGGAGGCCAAGGAGCUCAGGAGGAUCCUCACGCAGCCACACUUUAUGGCUCUGCUGCAGACCCACGAUGUCGUUGCCCACGAGGUCUACAGCGACGAUGCGCUGAGGGUGACUCCCCCGCCCACUUCUCCAUACUUGAACGGAGACUCCCCGGACAGCACCAACGGAGACAUGGACCUGGAGAACGUCACCAGGGUUCGCCUGGUGCAGUUUCAGAAGAACACUGAUGAGCCCAUGGGCAUCACUCUGAAAAUGAACGAACUCAACCACUGCAUCGUGGCCCGCAUCAUGCACGGUGGAAUGAUUCAUCGACAGGGGACUCUGCAUGUUGGAGAUGAGAUCCGGGAAAUUAAUGGCAUCAGCGUUGCCAAUCAGACGGUAGAACAGCUCCAAAAGAUGCUGAAAGAGAUGAGGGGAAGCAUUACCUUCAAGAUUGUGCCCAGUUACAGGUCCCAGUCCAUGUCCUGUGAGAAAGAGUCGCCCGAUUUGUCUCAACAGUCGCCUCCUAAUGGUCAUGCUAGUGUCACCAGCUCCAUCCUGGAUCUGCCAUCGACGAUUCAGCCCAAAGGCCGUCAGAUCUCCCGAACUCCUACUAUCAAGGACAAAUUGUCCAUCAAGAUCUACGUACGCGCUCAGUUUGAAUACGACCCGACGAAAGAUGACCUCAUUCCGUGCAGGGAGGCGGGCAUUCGCUUCCAGGUGGGCGACAUCAUUCAGAUCAUCUCCAAGGAUGACCACAACUGGUGGCAGGGAAAGCUGGAGAACACCAAGAACGCCACUGCUGGGCUCAUCCCCUCGCCCGAGCUGCAGGAGUGGCGUGUGGCUUGCAUAGCCAUGGAGAAGACCAAACAGGAACAGCAGGCCAGCUGUACCUGGUUUGGCAAAAAGAAAAAACAGUACAAGGACAAGUAUCUGGCAAAGCACAAUGCAGUGUUUGACCAACUAGACCUGGUGACUUAUGAGGAAGUAGUGAAACUGCCAUCGUUCAAGAGGAAAACACUGGUGUUGCUCGGUGCACACGGCGUUGGAAGGAGGCACAUCAAGAACACACUCAUCACCAAACAUCCGGACUUGUUCGCCUACCCCAUCCCCCACACGACUCGACCUCCGAAGAAGGACGAGGAGAAUGGGAAGAACUACUUCUUUGUGACUCACGAGCAGAUGAUGCAGGACAUCAGCAACAACGACUACCUGGAGUACGGAAGCCACGAGGACGCCAUGUACGGCACCAGGCUGGAGACCAUCCGGCAGAUCCACGUGCAGGGCAUGAUCUCCAUCCUGGACGUUGAACCACAGGCACUAAAGAUCCUCAGGACCGCAGAGUUUGCUCCUUACGUGGUCUUCAUCGCAGCUCCCACCAUCACCCCAGGCAUGACCGAGGACGACUCCUUGGAGCGGCUCCAGAAGGAGUCGGAGAUGCUGCAGCACACCUACGCUCACUACUUUGACCAGACCAUCAUCAACAAUGAGAUCGACGACACCAUCCGCCAUCUGGAGGAGGCCGUGGACCUGGUGUCCACCACCUCCCAGUGGGUGCCUGUCUCCUGGGUGUACUGACACGCGACGGUUACCUCUGAUCCACGUGGCUGUGAAACUUUGAUCAGAACCCUGGAUCCAUGUCACUCGUCAGGACCAUACCAUUCUCUGUAGAUAAACUUGUUGAAAAAGACGGAAAUGAAGAAACUCUGACACUCCAGACUUCAUCCUGCCCCUCGCCACUUUUCUCAACAGCCUGAAAGGCGUACUUUGUUGUGUACAUAUACAUAUAUAUAGAAAUGUUGAAAAAAGUACGUGAAAAUGGUCCAAGUGAGGAGGUAGAUAUUUUGUAUUUUUCUUUUCUAAUCAAUGACUGGUUCUAGUGAGCAUGACCUUAUGUGGGUGCCUGUGUGGCGACCUUUAAGGUGUCUGACCCCCCCCCCUAACCUCGGCCCCUGUGACCAACAAGCCGAACUCUGAAGCACAUUGGAAGCUGCUAUAGUGGCGACAACUUGACUCCCUCAGCUCGGAAUGCAACUGAGUGAAGAAAAGAAAAUAAAGCACAGGAAACUUGGCAGUUUCUCCUUCCCCCCUUAUUUAUU